CCUUUAUAAAUUCUCAUAAUAAGAUUUAGAUGUAUUGUGAAAAUUUUAUACAGAGCAAAUAAGAAAAAAUAGUUUCGUUGCAAAUAGGCCAUUUUAUCUGUUCUAAAUAUCUAAAGCAUAGAACUUUUGCAACAACUAUUAAAGGAUGUUUUAUUAAAUAUUCUUUAGGCCAUGUUUUCAAGAGUGGUACAUUCAGAAAAGACAAGCGUCAGAGGAGUUUCAGAGGGGACAUUAAACAGAUCUCGUGAUGAUCUGACUUCUUUAGAAACGAGAGAGAAAUUACAAGCUGUGUAAUAACGGAAGCUUACCAACUUCACACGUCAAGUCUGUUAUUGUAUUAUGUCAUUGGCAUGCACAAAUGUACUGGAUGUCAAACAUCUGUAAAUUAAUUUAAUUAAAAGACGUCAGAACAAAAUCUAGAUCCUGUUUAAAACUGAUGAAAAACGACUGAACCUGUUCGUUUAAGUUUAGACUGUAAACGCCACGUUCUCUACUUUCUGAUGAGUCGCACUGCACUGUCCAGCCUGGAGUGAAAAUAAGUCUGUACACAAGGAUGCAACAGAUCCAAUAUUUCAUUUUUAUUACUCAGUAUCUUCUACAAGUUGUAUUCUGUCAACGGAUUCUACUCUUUCCCUACAAUGAAACAAAGAACUGUAACAUCAGUCUUGUGGAAGAGAAUGAUAGAAUUCUGAUGUAUGGCAAAGUGGAUUUCAAUGGAAACAUUCCUGCGUCAUCAUUUGUCAACUUUAAAAUCAAAAGAAAAACUGAAACGAGUUUUCAAUUUAUUUCCUUUGUGAAAAUUCCAGAAGACUGUGAUGAAGUCUUUCACUACGGCAACUGUUUAAAAACUGAUGACCAUAAAGUGUUUCUAUUGUUUUUAAAUAUAACUGCACAUGAAGUGACCAGCGAGGCAGACAUAGAAGUAGAACUGGUUUACAGGGAAACAACUUUUUGUACGUAACAUGCUCAGGCAGAAUAGUUAACAAACCCAAGAUACUUGAUUUGUGAUGAACUGAUUUGACUUUUUAGUUAACUAGUUUGUUAGUUAUUCUGAUAGAUAGUUGUUGUUUUUUUAAUUAAAGAAGAGAGAUGUAACAUAUUGGUAUUAUAUGUACAUUUGCACACUAGCGCGUCAGUGCAACACCGCUUGUGUUUGCGUAAUAAAUGGAGUUCCUAAUAUGUCUUCCCUCUUA